AUGUCAUCAAUUGUAGCUGGCAUCGAAAUGGGUGGUACAGGAUGUAAAGUAGCUAUCAGUGAUGAAAAUGGACAAUAUGAUAGUCAAUAUUCAUUACAAAUUCCGACAACAACUCCUGAAAAUACUUUACGAUUAAUAUAUGAUUGGUUAGCAUCGAAAAAAUUAGAACGACCAUUUGUUGCACUUGGUAUUGCGUGCUUUGGACCUAUUGAUCUAGAUAAAAAAAGUAAAACCUAUGGAUUUAUUACAACAACGCCAAAACCUAAUUGGCAGAAUGUAAAUGUCGUUGGUACUUUUCAAGAUCUCAAUGUACCAAUUGCUUUUGAAACUGAUGUUAAUGCACCAGCAAUAACUGAAGCUGCACGUCGAGGCGAUACAUCACUAGCCUAUAUUACUAUUGGAACAGGUGUUGGUGUUGGUCUCGUUAUUGAAACUCGUCCUGUUCAUGGUCUAAUGCAUCCAGAAGGUGCUCAUCUGCAAUGUAAACCUUUCCCUCAUGAUGAGUAUGAAAGUAAUUGUCCAUAUCAUAAAUCAUGUAUUCAUGGUAUGUCAAACGCAAAAGCUGUUGCUGAUCGUCUUGGUAUUUUACCAAAUGAACUUAAUAAGGUUUCUGAUGAUGAUUCUGUAUGGAAUGUACAAGCAUAUUAUAUAGCACAAUUAUGUGCAGCAAUUAUUUAUUUAACAUCAGUUCAACGUAUAGUUAUUGGAGGUGGAUUAUCAAAACGUAACUGUUUAAUUACACAUGUACGAAAACAUGUUCAAAACAUAUUAAAUGGCUUUUUGAAUCUACCUGCAAUUAUGGAAAAUAUUGAUGAUUACAUUGUUCCUUCAAGGCUUGGUGAUUUAAUUGGUAUACAAUCAGCUCUUGAUAUAGCAAAAACUGUAGUAUAG